AGUUCACCACACGGGGUCUGUGGGAGGAGGCACAGGAGCAGUCAGCAGGGGGCCUGUCCAGACAGGUAUAUGUAGUUCACCACACGGGGUCUGUGGGAGGAGGCACAGGAGCAGUCAGCAGGGGGCCUGUCCAGACAGGUAUAUGUAGUUCACCACACGGGGUCUGUGGGAGGAGCCACAGGAGCAGUCAGCAGGGGCCUGUCCAGACAGGCAUAUGUAGUUCACCACAACUGGCAUAUCAUAUCCCUCUCCACCAGGAGAAGGUGUCUCAAAAGUAGCAUCGAAGAUCCCACGACCCGGGCCGGUACACUACUGUCGGGCAGGAGGUACAGAAGCUCAAAGUCCCACAAGUCCCCAGGUUUAAGAACAGUUACUUCCCUUCAACCAUUUGGUUUGAAUCGACAGGCAAAACUGUAAUUGGUAUUCAACAACACUAUGAACACUUUGAUCACGUUGCACUUAAAAUGGACAUUUUUAUUUUAAUUGUGUUUUUUCUUGUAUUAGUUAUGUAUAAUUUGCGUGUUUUUCUGGUGAAUGUUGCUUAUCUGAUGUGAUGAUGCUGGAAGGAAGUUUAUCCAUUGCACCUGCGCAUAAAUGGACCUAUCCUUAUGACAAUAAAGUCGAUUUUGAAAAGCCCGGGGUCGGCACCAUCGUCGCCAUGUCUGUGCGAACAGCCCCCGCCCUUAGCAACGACCCCUCACGGCCCCGCCCACAACAACGUCAAUUUCGUGACCCCGCCUCGUUUCCCAGGCGUCAGCUGUGGCUUCAAUGGCGCGUUCCCGUCUUCUGCUCGCACCGGAGCGCGUCGCUUCUGGCGCGGCCCCGCUGGUGGUCGCCCGGGGCCCCGGGGUUGAUGGGCGGCGGGAUGGGUGAAGGCGGCGGGGCAGCGGCGGAGGUGGGCCCUGGGGCCUGGGAAUGGGGUUGGAGCUUGGGCGCUGGUCGCCUGGCGCUGCUGACGGCGGCCGCCGUGCUGUUGCCCGUGCUGCUGAGCUGGUGGUACGGCGGGAGACGGGGGCGGCCCGGCGCGCCGGCCGGGCCCGGCCCGGGCGGACACUGCUGGCUUUACUCGGACCUUUUCGGCCGCCCCACCUACUGCAGUGAGUGCGGGCAGGCCGCGCUGCGGGGCUGCUACUGUGAUAGCUGCGGAGCCUGCGUCCACACGGCCUGCCAGGCAGCGGCCGAGCGACGGCUGCUCUGCAAACAACGGCUGAGCGCGGCCCGCGGUCCCCCUCGCCACCACUGGCUCCGCGGCAACCUCCCACUCUGCAACCGUUGCGCCGUCUGCGGCCUGCAGUGCGGCUCCCGGCCCUGCCUCUGCGACCAGCGAUGCAUUUGGUGCCAACAGGUCGCCCACGACGAUUGCCUAGCCAGGGUCCCCCCCACCUGCCCCCUCGGACCGCUGCCCCGCGCCGUCGUCCCCCCGCAGUACCUGCACUGGGUGAGCCACAGGACCCGGGAGCCCACCGAUCCGGCACAGUACAUCUCCACUAGUGUGGAGAACUGGAGCCCAGUGCUGGUCCUCGGCAACAGUCGCAGUGGGAACAACAUGGCCCAGAGCUUAAUGGGUGAAUUCCGCACUAUCCUCAAUCCUGUGCAGGUGCUUGAUCUUGGAACCGUGACUCCAUACAAGGCUCUGCAACUCUGCACUGUUCUACCCAGCCACUCUGUCUGCGUGCUCGUAUGUGGUGGUGAUGGAACUGUUGGCUGGGUCCUGGAUGCCAUCGAUGAGAUGAAACACAAGGGACAGGAGCAGUACACCCCACGUGUGGCCAUUCUGCCGCUGGGCACCGGGAACGAUCUGUCUCGUACACUCGGCUGGGGUGCCGGUUACACUGGUGAUCAAACGGCUGAAGGGAUCCUGCGCCAUGUUCUGGAGGGAGAGACAGUGAAGCUGGAUCGCUGGAGAGUGCGGAUUACUAAGGGAUUCUACAGCUUCCAUCGACUCAAGGUCUUCUCCAUGAACAAUUACUUCUCCAUUGGGCCUGAUGCUCUCAUGGCCUUGAACUUCCACGAGCAUCGGCAACAGAGCCCCUCCCUGUUCUCCAGCAGGAUCCUUAACAAGGCUGUAUACUUCUUCUAUGGGACCAGAGACUGCCUGAUUCAGACAUGCAAGGACCUUGACAAGAAGAUAGAGGUGGAGCUGGAUGGUGAGCAGAUUUCACUGCCAAAGCUGGAGGGAGUCAUUGUCCUGAACAUCGCCUACUGGGGUGGAGGCUGCCGUCUUUGGGAAGGAACAGGGAGUGAAUUGUAUCCCCCAGCCAGCCACAAUGAUAGCCUGUUGGAAGUGGUGGGAGUGUACGGUUCCUUCCAUUGUGCCCAGAUCCACAUUGGACUGGCCAACCCCGUGCGCCUCGGACAGGCCCACACAGUCAGGCUGACCUUGAAGAGCUCUGUGAUGCCAAUGCAAGUGGACGGUGAGCCCUGGGUCCAGGGACCGUGCACAAUCCUCAUCAGUCACAAGACCCAGGCAUUGAUCGUUGAAGCCCCGGCUUCGGAGACGGAUCAAUUCUACACUGAGCCAGAGGGCAGCAGGGGCAGAGGAGCAUCCCCACAGCAGAGCUGAGGACCUGGACAGGAAGAAUGCACUUUACUGGAAAGUGGAGGAGAACCUCCCUGGUUGGAGACAAAAAACUUCCAGUUUGGAUAUUCUUGCACUGAAAUAUCCUUCCUACUUGUCCAGAGGGAGAGGGGAGGUUCUCGAUGCAGCUGGAGGAGGGAGAAUGCACACUCACCUUGCAUGCUGACCCUCAGGACUCGUGGACCGCACUUCUGUAUUCUGUGCAGCCCUGCCCUCCCUGGGGAGAGGGAGGAAUGCACACUCACCUUGCUUGCUGAUCCUUGGUGCUUGCAGACCACACUUCCAUAUCUCCUGAAGCCCUGCCCCUCCACUUCCCAGCUUACUGCCCUUCUUGGGAAAUGGCAUUUCAUCCAAUCAUUGACAGGAGAAAAUUCCUGCAGUGUAGCAUCUGAAGACAGGUCCUGGGACAGAGCAGGGAUCUAUGGGUUUAUUCUGACUGAGUCCCCACUUCAGUGCUUGGGUCUGACAUCUCAGAGAGUGUGUUCUCCACCCUCUCCCUGCCACAUCGUCACCAUGAGAUUGGUAAGCGCUGAGCUGGGCUGCUAUUUCUGUCUGCACUCUUGUCAAGUUACUGAUUUGGGACCUUUUCUGUGGUGUCGUGCUUCAUAUCUUCACCUUGCCCAUUUGUGCUGGGGAGUUUGUUCACAUUACCAUCAGGGAGGAUUAGGUCCUUAGAAUGGGACAUGGUCUGCAUCUGUGCUGAAAGUGCACUGUGCUCUGGCCCAGUGACUGCCUAUAUCCAUUGCUGCUGUUUUACCCUGGAACUGCCCAGCAGCUUGGACCGAACCAGGAGCUGAUGGUUCAGGUUGAGGAACCCUCAUUCCAAAAGUGAGAGAGCAAAUGUGGUUUAAGUAGAAUGGAGAAAGCACAGUUCAGAGGAUAGAAUGUAUGAUCAGAAGCUCAGGGCCAUUCCCGUAGACCACAUUUACUUCCUCCAGUGUAAGGGCCAGUAAGUAUUUAUCCUCUGCUGGUCUGGUCCGUCCCUCUGCUUCAGCUUUACAUAGUGCCCAUGGCCCUCUCCAGCCAGACUGGGUUCUGUCAUUGUGAUGUUUACAUAGACUGCUCUGGUAGUGCAGUGUUUUAACUCAGUUUUGUGAUUUGUGAGUGACAAGGUUGGAAAAGCUGCUUAAUAUGGUCAAACAGUGAUUCAGAUAAUGUGAAAUAAAUCUGGGGAGACUCCA